AUGCAAUUUCCAGCACAACUGCUCUCGCUGCCAGGCGAGCUUUGCUAUCAGAUCUACCGCGACUAUCUUUGCGACGACACCGAAGAUGGAUAUGUUUACGACUUUGAAGCCGGCCAAUUGAGAAAGGCAAACAAUCAGCCGAUCGAGCUCGAUUUGAUGUACACCUGCAAGCUCAUUGCCCAAGAGAUGCGAGGGCUGGCGCUGAGCCUCCACUCCAUCGCAUUCUCAACACUCUACUCACGACAACUUCACACCAGAGCUGCACGUUGGGCUUAUUUUGUCUCGCGAUUCAGAAGCCAUGUCGGGUGGUACAAGGUGACCCAGAUCGUACCCGCAGAGGAGGUCCAAGAAGUAGCUGGUCCACAAUCCUUUAUCCAUGCCAUCUUCUGCCAUUACAAAAACAGCAGUCUUCCGAACUUUGAUAGGCGAUGGGAUGUGAGAGGCGGCCUGGCUGCCUACCUUGACGUUAUAAAGGAACCGUGGAGAAUUCCAACCGACGACGAGCUUGAUAGGAUCGGUGCCCGUCUACCCAUACGCAAACGAGAGGCUUCAGCAGCUCUCAGAGAUAUGUGGCGGGACCACCCUGGCAGGUUCAGAUUUUCUGCAGCAACCGCAGCAAUUUAUUUCCUAAAUUCCCUCCCUACCACCACAAGAAAGCAUAUACGCCGGAUUCAUCUUGACGAGGACAGAGUAUCGGUUGCCCAUCCCGAGUGCCCUAUACGCGGUCUUUUGCCUUUUUACCUGGAAAAUUCAGGACUCAUGAUAGAGCGACGUGCUAGUCUUUGGAACAAUCUCUUCCAAGCAAGAGCUUGGGGCGAGGCUAGGGGGCAAUUUCUAGAUCCUUUCAGCGGGUUCACGGUUGGCCUGCUCAACUGGGGCGCGACGGACCAUGAUGCCUUGCCAGCGAACCAUGUCACGAGGCAAGUAGCGUUAUGGAUGGCAGAAGCCUCACAUCCUGGUAUUUCUGACGCCUUCAACUUGGUUCUCGACGGCGGCCCAACACAGGACCGGUCAGCCGACGUGUUUCGCGAAGCCGUUCAGCGAGACGCUGCUUGGCAAGUUGCAAAGGAACGUCGGUUCAACGAUCCUAAGCGCACUCUCUGGAUGCGGAUGGAAACUGCGGAAAAUUGCUGGCAUGUUGUUAGGUUCCCUCAGCUGCUGGCCGACAUCAAUAAGCCAACAUCACGCACAAGAUGCAAUUUCGACCCAGGUCAACCAUGGAACGACGACCAGAUCAACCAGAUCAUCAGCGCCAACAAGAUCGCCGAAGAUGCCCUUUCGCCCAGUCGUUAUGACAUGAACAUGCAGCUGCUCCCCGUGGGUCCAUUAGACGCAUGGGGGUUGGGGAGGGACCUAGACUUCGACAAGGCUUCUCCCUUGAAGUCAUUUGAUUGUCUUCUUGAAGAAAACGUGGAUCCGGGACACUUGGCUUGGGAGCCACCCUGGUAG